CUGUAGAGCCGCCGUGUUAGGUGUCGAAUUUCGCAGAAGAAGAUAGCUGGGUGCGCGCUGAAAAGCGGAGCGCCGCUUCCAUUCUCCCUCAUUCGACCUGCAGCUCCGCUGAUCGUCCUUCCGCUCCUGACAUAGAAACGGUGUUGUUGGUGUGUUGUUUAACUACACAUAAAAAUGUCGGACGAAGGUAAAUUAUUCGUCGGAGGACUGAGCUUCGAGACCAACGAGGAGUCUCUCAGUGCGGCCUUCGGCAAAUAUGGAAACAUGGAGAAAGUCGACGUGAUCCGAGACAAAGAGACCGGAAGGUCUCGUGGCUUCGGCUUUGUUAAGUACAACAACGCAGAGGACGCCAAAGAUGCAUUGGAGGCAAUGAACGGCAAGACUCUCGAUGGCAGAGCGAUUCGCGUUGAUGAAGCGGGAAAGGGAGGUGGACGCCAGAGGACUGGUUUUGGUUCAGCACCACGAGGUGGCCGAUUCACAAACUCCAGGGGGGGGAGGGGCGGACGAGGGUACUCUAGAGGGGAAGACAAUUUCGGUGGAAGUGGUGGCUUCAAUGGAGACAGGGGAUAUGGGGACAGGAGCUACAGUGACAGAAGCUUUGGUGGUGGUGGUGGCGGCGGAGAGAGGAGCUUUGGUGGCGGCAGCAGCGGUGGCGGCUACAGAAGUGGCGGAUACUCAUCAGGAGGCGGCGGCGGUGGCGGCGGCUACAGAGAAAAUAGGGGUCAGAGUGGAUAUGGCGAUCGCUCUGGUUCCUACCGUGAAGGAUAUGACAGCUAUGGUAAGCAUGAAUGAUAUUAAUUUAUGUAGACUUGUGUUGGGGCUGCCAUUUUCAAUCUUUAAACACGUUAAUUCACCAAAGUUACACAUGUAGUUGGUAGAAUGGGAUUUCUUAAUCCUCAUCAUACAUCCACAUUGUAUUACGGCAGUUUCACAGCCCCAACAUGUGAAGACAUGCAUUGCGUAUGCCCCUCAGUCUUAUACUUGAGCCCAAGUUGAUGUCUCGCUUGAUACUGAUGGCCGAUCUUACUAGCCCCAUCCCACUGUGCUAACCAGGCCGAUUUGAAACGCCUUAGGAGGCAUUUACUGCACAUUGCUCGUAUCUCAGCCGAUGGAACCCUUUUAGGCCAGCAAAAUGAGGGAGGGUUUUAGGACUGGGGGUUGAG